AUGAGCUACGCUAGAAAGAGUCUCAGCUUUGGCACAGAGACUGGCGAGGUUGAUCGAAGAAGCUCUUCGAGUGUGCAGUACAACACCUUGGCACAACAGCAGCAUGCAGCCCCUUCCACUACUACCACUACAACAACAACUACAGUCGGGUUGCUCUUCGAUGAGGAAGGUGGAGCUGUCACAACACCAAUCCCAACGACUACCACUGUUGCUAGUGUUGGAUUGCUCUUCGAUGAGGAAGGAGGAGCUGUUACAACACCAAUUUCGACGACUACAACGACUAGAGCACCGGUGAGGAACUCCAUGGUGUUGAGCUUUGGUAGCGAGGAGGGCACUAAGGAAGAGAGUUCAAGCCAAAGUGAGCAUGAGUCGAUCGAGGUGGAUACGAGUUCUACUUCGAGUGAGGAGGUAGCCCAAGCAGUGGUACUUGCCGAUAACAGCACUACUGGUGUCAAUAGACCAGCUUGUCACAGUUCCCCCAAGAGCGUUCGUGUAUAUAACAGUGAAACGGGUGCGCCCAUUUCCAUGAAUACCGAGGAUCCCCUCGCCCCGUACAAGCUUGAUAUACUCCUGAGCACACUCUACGUCGGCCCGGCUCCUACUGACCUCCUUCUCACGGCGAUUACCAAGGAUGGCAACAUAGUGGAGUUCCGCUUCAGCGAUAGGAGGGCGUUGAAAUGCUUCCUAGUUUACCUCUUUGAAAAGAAGACGCUUGGUGAGGAUAAGCAGGAUCGAGGAAUUGCUGAGGAGGAAGGGGAUGGAGACAUCGAGGAGAUCCCUAUCAACAGCAAUAGUACAGCGGUCAAGGCGGAAUUCUCAGAGGAGGAAGCGGGGGUUGUCGAGGAGAAUCAGUUGGUGUUUGGAGAGCCACGACCAACUCCUGCUAGUACCACGUCUGGCCUCCUGGAGUUCGGCGAGGAUGACGGGCAUGUUGGGCCGAGGAGUGAGCCGGGCGAUGACGGGUCGCGGAUGUUGAGCUUUGGGGUAGAGGAAGGCGAGGCUGAGAAGGUAAUUGAGGAGGAGUCUAGUCACAUACCUACGCCCAGUACAGCAAGGGCUCUCGAGAAUACUACAACAACUACUACGACUACUACGGAGCCGGGGGCUAGGCUAGUGACCUUUGCGGAGCAUAAGGGAGAAGUGACCACGACUGCUGCUCCAACGAAUAGCCUUGCUUUUGAUUCGGAGGAGGGGACCGCUGAGGAGGUGGCUGAGUCCAGUCAGAUGGAGGAGCGGUCGAGACCGAUAAAGGAGCCCAAUAGGCUCCUGCAGUUCCAGGAGGAGGAUGGGGAGGCUGUGAAGAAAGAGGAGGCUGUGGUGGAAGUAGGUGGAGACAGUGGCAAAGGCUCGGGUCACUCGGAGAGGCUGGGUGGGGACAGUGAAGUUGCGGAGAGUGGGGAGACUAUCAAACGACCGGGGUCUACCUCGACAACGACUCCUGCACCGACUGAGCCGGCUAGUAGUCCUGCCAGUUUGAACUUUGAUAUGAGGGAAGGAGAGACUCCUACUAAUACGGGUCGGGGUCUUCUUGCAUUUGGUGUGGAGGAGGGGGAGGCUGAGCAUGUAGCGGAGUCGGUGUCGACUAACACAGCAAUCACAACAACCACUAGGGCACCAUCAUCAUCAACCAGUACUGCCCCUCUCACACCCGAGCCAACUACAGCUCCUCUUCUCUUUGGGAACGAGGAGGGCGAGGCUGAGAGAGUUGCUGCCUCUGAGUCGGUGUUCCUGUGGAUAGCGGACCACGGGUUCGGUUUGGAGAGGACAGUGGGGAAGUGGACCCUGACGAUGGUGAGUGGGGUUACGCUGGGUGGUGACACGCGUGUGACACAAGGUCGUAGUCGAAUUGAAGAGGGAGGUCAGGAGUUUAGGGAGGAUCGAAGAACCUCGAGUAACACUACCAACUCCAGAUCACGCCGUCCGGAGUCGAAGCCUGGUGAGUGUGGUGGUGACGCGGGUACGAUGUUCGAGGAGGAUGUGGGGGAGGUGAAGUCGCAUGAGCCUACAGAGGUUGUUGAUACUAAGGAGGAAAUUGGAGAGGUUGCUCGCCCCCCAACGCCCCGGCCUUUGAACUUUCGCGAACAUGAUGGUGUUGUGGAGGCUAAACCUGGAGAUGAUGGACCACUGAGUUUCGGUGGGGACGGUGGAUCGUUGAGGAAUGUGCUCCUGGGUGGUGACACUACUACGCAGCAGGGCGCCGGGACUAUUGAGGAGGGAGGGUCUUUCCUUAACAACACUGAGUCGAAGCAUACGGAGUCUACGGUGAAAUAUAAAGGUCAAUCGAGUAGUGGCCGCAGUCCUGGGUCUACUACUCCAGGAGGCUGGAGAGUCCGGGUGGUGAAGUUGAUCGAUGGGGGUAAAGACCUCACGUCGAAGUCGAAAGCCCAAAGGCUUGAUGACCUCAAUAUUGUGGGUGGCACUCACUCUCAGAAACAAGCAGGCCGUAUCGAGGAGGGCGGAUCCUAUUUGAAUGACGCGCUGAGAACCCAACAUAACGAGACUACUGUCAUGGUCAAUGGGGAGGAGAAGGAUUCGGCCUCGGGAGGCUGGCGUGCAAAGACUGUCAACGACCUCCCCAAUGGACCGUCACUAGCACACCAGCAGCUCUUGGGAAGUGCUUCCUCUAUUGAUGCAGUUCCUAAUGCUACUGAUGUGUCCUUGAAGCCUAAGGAGGAUGGCUCGCUGACGAAUACGGAUACGACAGGGACCGAGCGUGUGAGCAAACCAUCACUAGCGACAGCGGACCCUAGAGCUAUAGCUCUGGGAUCCCUUAUCACGGGUAUUGAACCACUCAAACAGCAGACCGAUACUGCUCUACUGAGCAGAUUAUCUAUGAUGGAAGAGCUCGACUUUAGCAAUAACCAGAUUGGGACUAAGGCUGGGAUAGAGAUAGCAAAUUGGCUUUGUCGUGAGGGCGAACAUGUGGAUGGGAAUAACAGCACAGGAAUGAAGUCAGUAUUUGUGGACUCUUGCGACCUCGACUUCGACGCGGUGCAUGCUAUUAUAAACGCAAUUGGCCAUCCGAACAAAGCCGACUACCCAGCGGCGAAGCUCGAAAACCUCGAUAUCUCCAACCCUCGACUGCACAAGCAUCACAACUCCGAGCUCAUCUAUGAGCACAUCGGACGUAUGCUCGCCUAUAACACCAGUCUAAAGGAGCUGCAUCUAGGUAAGAUGCUGAUCAAAGACGAUACAUUGAAGAUUCUCAGCGAUGCACUUGUGAGCAACCCCAACAAUGAGAUCGCCGUUCUUGAUCUGAGAUGCAAUCUCAUCGGAUGGAAGGGGUUACAGGCAUUGUCAGUCUACAUCCAGUCUGAGGCGUGUAAGCUGACUCAUCUCAACCUCGAGGCCAACAGAAUCGGUGAGGGGUGUGUGGAUAGUACCUAA